AUGAAUGAGGACACGUUAGCAAUUCUGAUAACAACUACAACAUUCCUGGUGUUUAUUUGUGCUAUUGGUGGAUGUGUUUUCUGCAAAAGAAGACGAGAACGUAAAGGUACCAAACGUUAUGGUUUAAGAAGUGACGUUGAAGCAAAUAAAGAUGAAGGUGUAAGUGACAUUGAAGCAAGCAGAGAUGAAGAUUUAAGAGAUGAAGCAAUUUCAGCUGAAGGUUUAAUAUUUGAAGAUGAAGAAAUUUCAGAUGAAGGAUUAAUAAGUGAAGUUGAAGCAAUAUUAGAUGAUGGAUGCGGAUAUUUGCAUACCACGGUAACCUUUACAGAAUCUCCCUCUCACUCACUGCUUCCUGUCCUUAGUGAUGGACAACAAGUCAUGCUCCACAAGGUGUUGGAGAAAAUAUAUAUCUUGUGGUCAGCUGUCGUAACCUUUGUCAAUUGCCAUGCAAGAGCUGAUGGCCAGUGGUCAGAUUGGUCUGCCUGGAGUGAAUGUUGUUUGGACUCCCGGUCAAGGUCCCGGAUGUGUGACAAUCCCAGACCAGAACAUGGCGGAGCGUAUUGUGUAGGGGAAAGUCAAUAUUUUGAGGAUUGCUGGGGAUGUCCAGGAGAAAACACACUUCCCACUUUUUCAUCAUGGAGUAAAUGUUCAACAAAAUUCCGGGGAGGCCAGAAAAGUCGAAUUUUGUUUUGUAAUUUGACUGAAAAAGAAGCAACCAACUACAGAUGUCACACAAAAGUAAAGGAACUUGUGAUGUGCUCCGAAAAACAAUACCAAGUCAUUGGAAACUGGACGGAGUGGUCGUCUUGGGGACUUUGUCGGGCUCCUUGUGGUAGUACUGGCAUUCAGAUUCGAACACGUUCCUGUACCAAUACAUCGCCUGAUGACGGAGUAAUCACGUGCCCCGGAGAUGCAGUGGAAAGCAAAACAUGUAUUGCAUGUCCAGAUGCUUCAAACAGUUCUGUGUCGCCAAAAAGUCAGAUGUCUACAGAGGUGUUUCAAUUAGCUCAAAAUGAGAUUGAACAAAGCCAGGAGGAGACUAGAAAUGGACAUGACAAAGAACCCCUAUAUAUGACCAGGACAACAUUAAUUAUUGUGACAGUAAUUGGCUGUCUCUCCUUCAUAGGAUCUACCCUUCUGAUUACAGCAAUUGUAUUCAGGUAAGUUAA